AUGCCCCGCUCCUCGCACCCAUCAAUCGGUGCGGGCGUGAGCCUCCCCGGCGUGGUGGCUGCCAAGUGCGGUGCUGAGGUGAUCCUGUCCGACAGCGAGGAGCUGCCCCAGUGCCUGCGGAACUGCCGGAGAAGCUGCCUGAUGAACGACCUGCCCCACGUACCCGUUAUAGGGCUCAGCUGGGGGCGGGUAUCUCCAGAGCUGCUCUCGCUUGCUCCCGUAGACGUUAUUUUAGGAUCGGAUGUCUUUUUUGACCCAAAAGACUUUGAAGAUAUUUUAACGACAGUUUAUUUCUUGCUGGAAAAGAAUCCACGUGCUCAAUUCUGGACUACUUAUCAAGUCCGAAGUGCCGACUGGUCUAUUGAAGCUUUGCUCUGCAAAUGGAAACUGAAGAACAUCCACGUUCCUUUACAUUCGUUCAGCGCGGACAAAGAGCACUUGGCGGGCUCGCCUCUACCAGGAAGACAUACAAUCGAAAUGAUGAUAAUCUCACUAGCAAGAUCAGAUGGUACUUAAGUUUAUUCCACUUGUUGGUUCCAAUACAAGAUGAUACUUAACUGUUCACUGUAGCGUGGAUCUGCAGAAAACAGUCCUGUUUACAGCAAACCUCACGCGUAUUUUUUGGGAAGCAGAUCCCCUUAACAGCGAUUCUUAAAACAUGCAUUGUAAAAAUAAAGCUGUUCAAUUGUUC